CCUUGUAACAAAACAUCAACAUUAAAAAAGGGAGUGAGAGGCUGAGAUCGAGGUGUUGAAAAGCAGAUGGAAAUAAUUUUUUUUUACAAUUGAUCAUUUGAAAAAGCGAUUUAAAUCUACAAUAUAAUAAACAGGCUAUAAAUGGAAGAGACUGUAAGUAGAAGCUCAACUGAUUCCUUCGCUCCAAGUGAAGAGUUUGUAGUUGUUUCUCCAGAUGACCGAUCGCCAAACUCAAACAGCGCCUCCAGCGGAACACAGGAAGGGUUGAAUAUCGCCGGCAACGGCAACAUGGACGAGUUGACUGAAAACCUGGCAGAAGUUCUGAAAGACCAGGCCCAAUCAUCGGGGGAGGAAGCAACAGCAGGAGAAAAUGGUACAACCACAACUGGUGUAGAGAACACGACUGGAGAAGAAAACUCAGAGCAUAUACAACGUAAUCAGUCGUUUGAUAACCAGGCUUUGAACAAUGAUCAGGACAGCCAUCAAAAAGAAGCAGGAAAGAGCAGAGAGGAAAAGAAAGAGAACCAACAAGGUGUAACAGACAACGUAUUCAAGAUUCGUAUGAACUCCUCAAGCGAAAGCCCCAAGUUCCAACCAGGUAUUGUUACAUGUGAGGGUGAUGUUUGGUUGCCUCGGGUGGUGGAUGCUAACAAUAUUUCUGGUGAAGUGAGUUCCCCACCACCUAGUUCCAAAACUGUACCCUUGGAAAAUGAUUGCACAUUGUUUAACCGGAUUGUUUACCUGGGGGCAGCGACUGUAGAUGCCCCCAAGAGUGAGGAAGAGGCUACAAGGAACAUGACUAUCUUAAAAGCUCAACAAUCCCAGAAUUCCAUUCAGAUUAUUUUGUCGGUGCCAGGAACGUCAGAAGGGGCAGUCAGGUUAUUGGAGCCGGAUGGUAAGGCUGAGAUUGCUCAUUACCGCGUGACCCGUAUCCUCUUCUGUUGCCGCGGCCAGGCCAACGGCAAUGAGAUGGAUUGCUUUGCAUUUACAUGCAGCUACGGAACACGUGACUCGCAGUUCUUUCAAUGCCAUGUUUUUAGAUGCGAGAUUCCGGAAGCGGAGAUGUCACCAGGUUAUGCAUCUACCAAGGUUCAUAAAAUUUUGCAAUGUUUUGGCCUGGCAUUCCGGCGGGUACCAAGAAGUCCAGAUGUGAUGGAGUCAUCAAUAUCAACAUUCCCGAUGUCCCCGAGUGAACCACUUCUCAGCUUUGUAAUUCCCGUCACAUUGGAUAUAAAGGAAGAGGACGGAAAGGGCGGGUUCACCCAUGUACCACGGGAGAAGAAGUGCUUCAAAUUAAGGCAAAACCUAAAGAAAGAAGUUCUUAUUACUAUCUUUCACAGGGAAAGACCAUUGCCAAUUGAAAGGUGUUUUGGCCUUCUUAUAAGCCCAGGGCGGGAUGUACCAGACCGGCAUAUGCACCUUUUAGACAUGGUGACAAUGAAGCAGAGUAGUGAUUCCAAAUCAUACCAGCUGAAGAGCUAUUGGCACCCUACGCAGCAAGAGUUUGAAGUACUUAACACAGAGACACCACAGGGGUACAUAUAUAUGACUGUGGCUGUUGAUUUGGUGAUAGCAGGCAUACAAGAACCAGUGCGUUUUAUAAUUGAGACACGUGUUCGCAUCUACCCGCAGAAUGAACGGUUUUGGUACUUCGGUAAAAAACCAAUCAGGGAAACUUUCUAUAUCGAGCUAGAGCAGACACAAAUUGGAGGGUUGAUUGAUAAUGAGAUUCUAUAUAGAGUUCAGAGUUUAGAGAGUGAGACACAAAGGGUUAAGAAGCAAAGCCUGCCCUCAUCUCCAGCAGUUGGUGCUAAGAUGGUGCAGACGCCAGACAGUUUAAGCUCUUUUCCUGAGGAUGAAACAGAUGACGAUGAACCACUACAGAGUGGAUCAGGCACUGUGGGUAAAGACUGCGCCGAAACUGUCCUCGUCAGCUGGGGGGAUCUACUAACCAAAUGGAGGCAAGACCUCAACACUAGGCCUAAGCAAUUGGUACCACUUGUCCGGAAAGGAAUUCCAGAGGCAUUACGGGGUGAAGUCUGGCAACUACUUUGUGGCUGUCAUGACAAUAGCGACAUGUUAGAGCAUUACCGACGUCUCAUAGUAAAGGAAUCUUCAUUUGAAUCGGUAAUUCAACGAGACAUUUCACGUACAUUCACCGCCAAUGAUUACUUUAAAGAGAAGGAAGGGCAGGGCCAGGAUGGUCUUUACAAAAUUAGCAAGGCUUACUCCAUACAUGAUCAGGAGAUAGGCUAUGUCCAAGGCUUGUCCUUCUUAGGUGCAGUUCUACUCUUGCAUAUGCCAGAGGAACAGGCCUUCACCGUGCUAGUCAAGAUAAUGUCGGACUACGGCUUACAAAGCCUGUUUAGCAAUGAUUUUGCUGAACUUCAUCGCAAGUUCUACCAACUGGAGCGAUUUUUUAUGGAUGUGAUGCCCGACCUGUAUUCGCAUUUCAUGAACCUUGGAAUCGAGACUCACAUGUACGCAUCACAAUGGUUCCUCACGCUGUUCACGUCCAAGUUUCCUUUACACACUGCUUUCCACAUCAUGGAUGUGUUUCUCUGCGAGGGUAUGCAGGUCAUAUUUAACUUCUCGCUUGCGCUCUUGAAGGCUGGAAGAAAGGACAUGUUGACCAUGGAUUUUGAGGGAAUCUUGAAAUAUUUCCGAGUGUCAUUGCCAAAGAAAUUUCGCACAGUAGAAAGUGCGCAGGAACUUGUUCAGUCAGCUAUGUCUAUGAAGGUAACAUCUCGAAAACUACGCAAAUUUGAAAAAGAGUAUGAGGUAAUAAUGGCAGAAAGAGAAGACCCUAUUGAACGGCUGGAGAAUGAGAAUCGCCAGCUCAUGCAGGAAAAUAUGAGGUUAGACCAAGAGAACGAUGAACUUGCUCACGAGCUGAUCACAUGUCGACUGUCAUUACAAAAAGAAAUUGAUGAAGAAAGAGAUUUGUCAAAUGCAAUGGAAAUGGAACUGAAAGCAUUGAAACAGCAGCUUGAAGAUUUAGAUGAAGAGAAGAAACACCAUGAACAAGAGACAAUUCAGAUUAAAGAAAUGUACAGAAGAGAGACAGAAAAAUCAGAAGGAGAGAAUUCAAGAAAUACAGCCAUCAUCAUAGACUACAAAGAAAUUUGCUCCCAGUUGAGUGAACGAUUAGAAAAACAACAAACAUCUCAUAAACAAACAAUGGAACAUAUACGAAGUAAUGUCCAAAGCUGUGAUACCUGUUCAAAAAUAUUCACAGACGAUGGAAAUCUAGCACCAAGUGAACCACCCCUUAAGCCAGAGGAUGUGGACCCGCGACUUGCUGCUGCGGCAUCGCAGACACGGGAGCUUGAGCUGGACUUAGCGCAUACCAAACUUGAGCUUGUUGAAUCGCAGUGCCAUGUACAAGAGUUGGAGCAUCGUUUAAAUGCUGCUGUUAACGAGCUGCAGGAGAUGCAAGCAUCCAAGAACAGCUGGUUACAAAAGACUUUAACUUCUUUCAAAGAGGCCGCAACGCUGAAGAAAGAAUAAUGCUGUAUAGUUCUAAAAUACUUGGGUUUGUCUCAUCGGUAGAGCAGGGUGAUGUCGAGUGUCGGACCAUUUUGCAUUAGAUACCCACUACCAGUCUAUUUUGUACUACUAAGUACACCUAGCAGUCGAUUACUGUACAUGAUGUUGUAUUUGGUGCUGUUAUACUCUAUGUGGUACAGUUUAAUGUCUGGUACUUUCAAAUUAUACCAUAUGGAAUUUGAUACUACAAUCCCUUUGUAAUCCUAAGGUGUUUAGUAUUGCAGCCAAUAUAAUUGUUACAAUGUACAAUUUACAGUACCACCAAGCUACAAAGCCACAGUACAUGGCAUCCCAUGGUAUUUAUUAAACAGCUAUUUGAUACCCUAUAGUAAAUCUAUUUGGUACUCUAUGGUAUUUAGUACCACAGCUAAUCCUUUGGUACCCUGGGGUAUUGUGAACUGCUGCAAAUUGAGUAGGUGUCUUAAAGUAAUCUACCAAGCUAUUGGUACCCUAUGGUAUUUAGUAUUGCAGAUGUACUCUGGUAUUUAGUACCACAAAUAAUCUAUUUGGUACCCUAUGAUACCCCAUGGUACCAGAGAUAAAUCUAUUUGGUACCCUAUGGUAUUUAGCAUUGCAGUACAGUAAAUCCAUUUAGUACCAUAUAUGGUUAGUAUAGCAUCUAAAUCUAGUUGGUACCUUCUUGUAGCAAUUUACCACCAUGCUACAGUAUAUAAUAAUAAUAAUAUUUAUUACCGCAGCUUAUUAGAUACUGUAGCCUGUAUCAGUACCAGUCUUUUCAGUUCUUGUUCCUCAUUCCCAUUUAAGGUUUCUGCACAAUCAUGUAUAUCGUAACACUUCUAGCAAUUUAUAAUGAUUGACAGUAAUUGGUGCUUUUUAUGGGUGAUAUCAUUCCAAAUUUUGUGACUGUACACCAUUUUCGCUAGAUUUGAAAUAAAAAUGUCCAAGAACCUGGCAACUACCACUGGGGGACAUCCAGAGACCUAGUCAUUUCACUCUUUGAGUCCCAGUGUUUAGCCGUGCUGUAUGACUGGUGCACGAACUUGUUGUUUUAGAGGCAUAUUCUAGUCUUUGAAAACAAAAUGUCAAAACAAAAUAUAAAGGAAGAAAUUAGGGGCGCAUAAAACCUGCAGUGUUUUUUGUUGUUGAAGUACUCAGAAGAAGGCGUUGGCACUGUUUCAAAAUAGACCUGAUAAAAUGGUGUAUAUAAAAACUGAAUAUUUGUCAUUUUAUUGUUUUCAUGGUGUUAGAUCUAGUAUGGUGCAACAACACAACUUCUACAAUAUUACUAUGUUAAUACGCACAAAUAAAUCUAUUCUACAUGCAAAGAUAUGUUCAGAUUUGUUUUCAGUACUGGUGUGAACAUAAUCAAGGGUCCCAUAUCUGCUGUGAGUUGUGAAUGUAUCUCAGAAAUUUGGAGCAUCUCCGCACUCCUGCGAUCAAGCAAAAAUCUCCUUCAAACUAACUUUUCUCUCACAGUUUGCAUGUUUUACUACUGUAUCCCACUGAAGUCAGCUGAUUAGGGGCGGAUCCAGUAGGGGCGUGCGCCUCCCAUCCCUGUUCUGUCACUAAAUUUUAAAAUUUCAAGGCAUUUAUUGAAAUUAGCAUUCUCACUUAUCUAUUCUGAAUAUGUUGUGCCCCCCACCCCUUCGUUUGAAAAAUUCUGGAUCUGCCCAAGCUGAUCUUGAGUGUUGACACACUCAGCAAAAUAAGAUAAGGUGUGUUCAGUAAUGUGAUCUAGUCAAUAUAUUUUACAGUAUGUGAUUCUACCAUCUCCCUGUUGCUGAGUUGUAAGAGUAACAAAGGGCGCCCUCAUAUCUAAACAUUUAAAAAUUGAUAACGUUGUAAAUAUUUCUUGGCACAAACUCAAUAUUAAAAUGUAUAUAAAUUGAAAUUUUUUUUUGUAAAAAGGUGUUCAUACUUGUUAAGUAGUUUAUCUAUGCAUACUGUUCAGUUUUAUUACCCUCUACAUUUUUAGAUUUUUCUUUAUAAUUAAUAAUUAAUGAUGCAUAUAAUGAGAGGAGUUCACCUUGUACUUGUAUUAAUUAAAUUCCGAUACAUAUUAUUUUAAAUUUUAUUACUAGUGUUACAUGGAGAUAAGAUACAUUAGGUAAUUAACAAAUGGCCUUUUGAAAUUUAAAUUUAUUCUAUUGUUGAGAAAUCUGUGCAGCUAAAGUAUACACUUUAAAAUACUAAUAAGUUACAUUUUAAUUAUAAGAAAUAAAAUCAUAAAAAAUGAAUUUUACAAAUCUUUAAUAGGUUGAAAAACUAUUGAAUAAUUAUUUAUGCAAAUUUUUAAGUGAACCUUGAUUUUUUUUGAAUGAAUUCCAUAAAAUUAUGAUAAAAAUAUCAAAACAUAUUAAUGAGUAGUUAUAAUUACCUAAUUUGUCCUUCAAAGAUAUACUAAAUAAUUGUUAGAACACCCUGUUGUUAAGAGAGUGAUUCAUGUCUAAAAGCAACUCAAAGAAGUUGAUUUUAAAAAUAUACUUUGUAACAUUCGUUACUAGUUAUCUGAUUUAUAUAAUCACAAUUUUAUUUUUAAAAAUAUGAAUAAUAGUUAUAUGUAUAAUUAUUUAACUAAUAAAUAUAAUAUGUAGAUUUUUUUUCAGUAUUGUUAAAUAUUUAAAUCAUUUUAUAACAAUAUGAAUACUUAAAAUACUUUGUACAACAUUUUCCCUUUAAUUUAGUAGUUCCACUAAUCCUUUAUUUUUAAAGAAUUUCCUUGUAGUUUGUUUUACUUAUUUAACAACUAAAACAUACCAUACUUAUAGUGUGUAUCUAUAUUGUUGUUUAUGAAAAUUGUUUACAUGUAAAUAUGUAUAAGAAUAAUUGCAAAGAAUAAUAACAAGAAGGCUCCACCAUGCCAUUACAUGUAUCCGUUCACAUGUGUACAAUUGUAUGUAUAAAUUAUGUGUAUAGUGGCUUGUAAAUUCUUGUAAAAUUUAAAGACAAACGUAAUAAUGACGUCAUAUAAUACUAGUGAUUCAUUUGUAAAUCCAUGUUUGUGGAGUAUAUAUUAAUAAAAGUGUAAAAAAGAAACUCAUGGUUAAAAAAAACACUAUAAUUCAGUCGCCAUAAUUUAGGUUAAUCCUGUACCUUUGUUGAAAAUGUAAACAUUCUCAGCUCUCCAUUCCAUUAUAGGUUCUGAGGAUGCAAGCCGCAUUUUAUAUCUGAACUAUCUGACUAUCGAUCGUGAGAUAACCUUCAAUAUUUAUAUUUAUUUUGAUUUCAUUUCUUUAUCAUGUUUCAUGCUGAAAAAUAAAAACCCAGUUGGUUAUUUUCAUGCCUCAACAUUUAGGAUAUAAUAUACACUCUUCACCAAUAUUCAGUCAUAUUACUGAUAUGAAUUUGUCUAUUGUCACUUAGAUUUCGUGACAUUAUGGUUUUACUAAUAUUCAUGGUUUAGUUGCUUAUUUGCCAUGGAUUUGAGGCUCAUUGUGGUGGUAUUUUGCUGACAGAAGGCUAUAUACAGUUGUUACUGAAACGUAUCUUAAGGUGGUAUAAGUAAAGUGUUUUCAAGAUCUGAA